CCUUUUCAGCCUCAUCUAUGGCCGUCGGCAUGGUCUUCGGCCUAAUAACAGCGAGCUACCUCCUUAAGAAACUGGGUCGCAAAACGGCUCAUUUCCUCUCCAUCAUCCCCGGCGUCCUGGGCUGGGUCCUCAUCUACUUCGCUUCUGACGUCACCACGCUCAUCAUCGGCCGACUCCUGGGAGGCGUGUUUGUCAUGGCCAGCUUCAACGUAGGCCUCUGUGUGGUUUCAGAGUACACUGCUCCAGAAACCCGGGGUUUGCUCUUCAGUUUGAAGACGUUUUCCUUCGUUGCGAGUACUCUGCUGACUCACUUGAUGGGCAUGUGUUUCCACUGGAGGACGGUGGCGUUGGUGGCGACGGUGCCGCUGCUGGCGAGCCUGGGCGUGACGAGCUCGUGGCCCGAGAGCCCGGCGUGGCUGCUGCUGCGCGGGGAGCGGCGCCGCGCCGGGGACGCCUUCCGCUGGCUCCGGGGCUCCGGCGCGCGCGCACAGCGGGAGUUCCAGGCCAUGCUGCAGGCGCAGCACGAGCGGGCACUCAACACACAGACACCCAAAAGUGUAAAAGAAAAACUGGUUUACGUUCGCGUGUUGUUAACGAAGAAGGAAUUCACAAAACCUAUGAUUUCGUAUAUUUUCCUGUGUGUGUGUUUGGAAGCGUCUGGACGGCAUGUGUUUCCAGCGUAUUCUACUAUAAUCAUGGCAGAGAUCUUACCGGAAAAAAUGGAUGCGUCUAUCUACGUGUUGAGCUUUGAUGUGAUUGCUUUGAUAGGCAGCGUGAUCUCUUGCGUUACUAUUAAGUUUUUAAAUCGUAGAUCCAUUUUAUUUUUUAGCGGUAUUUUCUCUGUUGUUUCCUUAUCUGCAUUUUCCAUGUAUGGUUAUUUGAUACACGCGGGCUUGGUCUCUAGUAGGCCUAGAAUAUUAGUGUCAAUUUUAAUUAGUUAUCUAAUGGGUGCAAAUUUCGGUAUUGCAACAAUACCGUAUGUUGUUAAGGGCGAGUUAUUUCCACUGUGUGUUAGAGAGACUGGGUUUGCGGUCGCUAGUUUUUGCGCAACCGUGUUAUUGUUUGUUGUUUUGAAAGUUUCAUUAAUAUUGUUCACUCACAUCACAGUGUUCGGCACAUUUGCAGUGAUCGCUCUGUUGCUAUUGUUAAGUUUGAUAUGUUUGUACUUCAGUCUUCCUGAGACGAGGAAUAGAACAAUGCAAGAAAUUGAGGAUUUCUUUGUGUGCGGGAAAUUUAUUGAAAGGCAAUUGAAUGUGGAUGACCCGGAGACACAGGCUAUGGUUGGUGAUAAACCUGAUACGACAAUUUAUUAAAUAUUGAUAAGUACCUAU